AUGGCUGCGGCUGCGAAGCCUCAGCCUCAGUUACCCGAAGACAUGGUUGAAGAGAUCCUCUUGAGACAACCAGUGAAGUCACUCCUUCGAUUCAGUUGCGUAUCCAAACUAUGGCACGCUCUGAUUACCAGUCCUAAAUUCACCAGAAUAUUACUCUCUCAAAACCGCAUGAACAUGGUUGUUUUGACCAACGAUUGCAUUCCUCAAAUCUUUGAUUAUGAAGCACUAUUAUAUCCUCCUCAAAACAACAACGGUGAUGAUGAUGAUGUUGUUUGUGACGAGGGAUCUGAAUUUGGAGCGAUUGAUGAAGCACUAUUAUAUCCUCAAAACAACAACCAUGUUGUUUAUGACGAGUAUUCUGAAUUUGGAGUUGACGUUGGUUUUCCAUUGAGGGGUGCAAAUAAUGAAGAUGUUUACACAAAGUUGUCUUCUUGCAAUGGUUUGGUAUGUGUUGAAUUCUUCAACUGGAAACGAAAAAUGACCGAAGUUUUGCUUUGGAACCCAUCUACAAGAAGUUACAGGGAAAUACCAAGAUCAAGACCAACACCUCUUUCCUCUGAGUACUUCUCUUUUGGUUUCGGCUAUGAUUAUUCCACUGAUGAUUACAAAAUAUUAAGGCCCUACCGCUUUUAUCAGAAUACUUUUCAAAAGAGGUUGAAAUUCAACUUAACAGCAGAUGAUUUUCAGAUUGAGAUGUUUUCACUCAAGACCUUUAGUUGGAGGACUAUUCAGGACCAGAACAAUAUCUGUACCCAGAAAUUAUCUCCAAGCCCAUAUAAUAAUAUCAGCCUAAAUGGGGCUAUUUAUUGGAUAGUUAAACCUCACAAUAAGCCUUCGAUCAUUUAUUUUGAUUUAGCGGGGGAAAUCUUUCAUGAAUUGCCAUGGCCAUGCGCAGAGAUUUUUGACUGUCACUAUUCAGAGUUGGGGAUUUUUGGACAGCAUCUAUGUCUAUCUGUGACUGAUGAAAUUAACUUAUGUGUUGAGCUAUGGGUGAUGAAGGAGUCUAGCUGGACUAGAUUGCUCACCAUUCCAUAUUGGAGGAGUCUUAAAUAUUGUCCAAGGCCAAUAUUUUUGUCAAACAGAAACAAUAUUGGUGAGCUGUUAAUGCUAGAUAGUAAUCCUGAUAUUUAUUUGGGUAUGAACUUGACAAUGUACAAUUUGAAAGAAAACACCCAUAGAACAAUAUUCCGACCCCGUCAACCAAAACAAGCCCCGUAUGAGCCUCCAAUAAUUGCGAUAGCUACAUAUAUUGAAAGCCUUUACUCACUCUACCCCACCUGA